AUGGCGCCCUUUCCAGGCCUUGUUCCAGGUUCUAUGGUUUUGCAGCGCUUGAAAGGCUGCCAGCAGGACGCCUCCAAAUGCAAUCUAUGUGCGUUGCAUUGCGCGUGGAAGCAAUUCAAGAAAAAAUGGCUACGGGCCGCGCUUGUGGAUGGCGAGGUGAAGCUGGGUUGCGAGCUCUGUGCCUCCAAUGGCUUGGAUGGCCCAUGUGCCAAGUUUAGCCAGGAUGCAAAUGUGAUUCUAAGGAAACACAAUCUGGAGAGGCAUGAAAAGUCCAAUGGACACCAGGCUUCGGAAGCCGGAUCUUGCCACUUGGGCCCUGCUAGCAAAGAACUGGAGGAAACUUUGGAUGAUAUGAGGUCAGGAGGUAGCGCAAGAGCCGGUUCUGGAACCAGCGACAAAAAGGACAGACUACGGUACGCCGUGUCUGAAGGAAUUCUAAAAGAGAACCGUGAGUUCUUGGCUACGGCAAAGUCAAUUGCGCUCAUGCGGGAUGAGCGAAAGGGGAAUCUCCUUGUGAGAUUUCGUGCUGUGAAUGAGCAACUUGAGGUCAGGUCUGGAGUCUUGUGCUUGAAACCUUGUGUAGGCACAUCGGAGUCUGUGGCCCAGGCGACCCAGGCAAUCUUGACUGAGUUUUGCACACCACUGCUAUUGCCGCCCCGCGGUGCAGCUGUGCAACAGGGGGAGCUGGACAAUGAAAUCAGAAAACGAGUCCAAGAGUCUGUGUCAGUCAUCGUCACAGACGCUGCGGCUCCGGAAUUGCUUGCGACAGAUUUGCUGAGAGGAAAGCGGCGCUUCGCCGACGAAGCUGGACAAGCAGACAUGCCUCAAAUUAAGUUGGUAGGCCGUGACUCAGCGCACAGCAGCACAAGGCUGCUCAAGCGGCCCUUUUACAAGAGCGAAGUCCUGCAUGGCUUGAUUCAGGAAUGGUGCCAUGGCACAGACAGCUUUGCUCAGAAGGUUUGGCAUAGUCAUGUCCUGACACAGUGGUGGCAAGCUGCUGUGAAAAGUCAGGAGGCAAAUCCUGGAGUCAGGCCUAGCACUUCGAUGUCUGCUGCGAAGCAUCGGUUCGCUAGCGUUCUGACGCCCUUGUCCCGCAUGUGUCAGAACAUUGACGCUGUCUUCAAAGUUCUGAGCCGCGUGCAUUGUCUAAGAGACGAGGCCACCUGGGCACUGAAACUGAGCCGAAACUUCUCUGCGCAAAAAGCUGUUCUCUUGCAUAUGGCUACCGACGCAGCAGCUAUAUGCAAUGAUUUCACACGGCGCUGCGACGAAGAAGGUGUUGAUGUGGCCACCUUGAAUCAUGAAGUGCACCGAUUGGUGAUGUCCGCGCGGACUCUCUUCGUGGAAAGACAAGUGCUAACGCUUCCGACAUUCACAAAGGAGUUUAUGGAUCGGACAGACCCCCUCAUUCUCCUGCAUGAUGGCUUUGCAGAAGAAAUAAAGCCUUCGCAGCCGGAUCUUGACGAAGAGUGGGUGGCCCUAAUGGAAGAGACGGUAGCUCACGAAUUUCCUGAUUGGCAUCUCAUUGCAGCCUUUGGCGUUUUCAAUCUGAGCGAGAAGAAAGCGUCUUCCGGACAUGCUGAUUUAGAAAAGAACUUAGAAAGGCUUGCUCAAGCCUUUGGUGUCUGUUGUGCCACAGCCAAGAAGCAAUACACGGUUUUGCUUCCGAUCGCCACGGCCAUACAGAAAGAAACUGGCGGAAUGAACAGGGAUGCGUGGAAAGAAGCUUUCCAACGCACAAGAUCCCGCAAAGCCUGCAGAGGAAGAUAUGACUCGGACGCCCUCUUUCCACUCUUGGCGGCGUACAUGGCUUGGACCUGUUCAACUUCAGGUGUUGAGCAGCUGUUCUCGAAAAUCAAAGCUUCUCCCAUUGAGACAGCUGAUGCGUCUCAAGACACAAACAGAAGGCUAUGUGUUGUCAUGGGGGCUGAUCAUGUGCGCACAAGACAGGGUAAGUCUAAGGUUGUCAAAGAGGCUGCCAAAAUCUACCUGUCCUUGACGAAAUCUCAACAGUGCCGUUUGCGCAAGCGCAAACGCUUCGAUGCUGGAAGAAAGGGCAAAGAGAAGCCUGCCUCACAGGCGGCGUGGAAUCGACGUCGCCAAGAAGCUGUGUCUGCAGCAGUUGAUGAAUUGACGACGCCACCCCGCAAACCGGCAGUAGAACUGCCUCAGUCUAUGGCCAAGGAGAGUGAAUUUCAGAAUCAAAAAGGAAGGAAACGAAAGGCCGAAGCGUUGAAGGACGGAUUGUUGCUUGCCAGCGAGAUUACUCCAGAGAUAGAGGCCGAGGCUAUCAGAAUGCGUGCAAAGACACAUGCCGAAUUUCAGUUGCACGCCAAGAUGACAACCAAGCAAAAAACGACGGAAUGGGCCUUGGCGGGUCUGCCCGAGCCUGCUUGGUUCGCUCGAGGGCUCCAGGCCCCGACGGCAAUGAAGUUGAAGCUUCAUGGGCAAGGCGACCUUCGACAAGCACGCCUGAUGGUGGUGAAUGACUUCUGCCGAGUAGAGAGGAAAGUGAGAGUCAUGGCUGCUCUUCUCGGCUCUGUCGUGGUGUCUGCGCCUGCUUUGUGCGGGCGAGGCGGAACCAGACUGGAGUUCCGGAGAGGCUUGGAUAUGGAGGUGGCUAUUUUCCUCACUGAUACAUUCAAGGCCGAGGAACCAGGUUUGACGUUGAUCAUGAGGGAGGCUUGCCACCAAGGUUGGAAAGCUGUUCGCAUGGAGGGAUUGAAAGGUCUCGAGUACAUAGCUUCAAGACGGCCUAGAAUCGUGGUCUUGGAGCAGGUUGCUGCAAUUCUGAACAAGACACACGAGAAAGUUUGGGGCUUCGUUCGAAAGACUCUGACAACCUUGAACUAUACAUUUACUUUCAAGGGUCUGAACACGAAGCAUUUCGGGUGUCCACAGUCUCGUAGCCGGCUGUAUCUUCUCGCUGUUGCGAAGGAAUGCUGUGAAAGUAGCUUAGACAUGCCGGAGGAAACAGAUCCAGUGGACCUGCAUCACUUUUUGAAGAAAAAUACGGUCAGAAAUGAAGUUUUGAAGUUGCCCAAAUAUGAGAAGAUUCUGGGGCCAAAGAUGUGGACCCAAGGGUAUGUCUUAGACAUUGGCUCCAGCGAGAGGUUCCAGAGUGUGAUCCGGAACGCUUCGCCUUGCCUCACGAAGACUCGGCUGAAACAGAGAGGGUAUUAUAUUCCCAAAUUGAAACGCAGGCUUUUGCUUGAAGAAGCCGCAAGGUUGCAGGGUGUGCCUCAGCAAGUUUACGAGGCCAUGGCCAAAGUUGCAAAAGAAAAGAAACUGGCUGCUAACGCUUUGGAAGGAAGCUUAGGCGAUGCCAUGAGCAUUCCUGUCUUGACUGCUGUAUUAUACACUGGACUGAAAGCAGCUGGCUAUUCUGUGCCGACUUGGUCUUCAGCAACCAGAGCGGACGGCGCCCAAGCCGGCUUUCACAUGGAUGAGACGUUGACAAUGGCGGAACCAGAGAUGGAAUUGAAGAACAUCGGCAGCUGGCGUUUGAACAAGACUGAGAACCAAGAACUGCAAGACAGAGUUGGCAAAGGAGAAGAGGAGCACUUGGUGAAGAGAGAGAUCCAGACACGCAAGGCUAAGGCCUGUGCUGAACAAAAGCUAGCUGCCACGGCAAUUGCCGACAAAGCUGUGCCCAAGGCUAAGGCCAAGGCCAAGUCUGCACCGACUCCGGCGGCUGCGACUGCCCGUGACCCAACCAACUCGGCGUAUUACGGCGAGGUUGAGGCUGACAUUGCAUUGGUGCUCGAAGAGUUCCCAGCCAUUCAGUCAGAGCCACCCCUGGCUCUCUCAGACGGUAAGAAUAGCGGUGUGCAAGAGCCGUACCAUCUAGAGAAAGGACAACAGGCAUUAGAGCUCAACGGCGUUUACCGUGCCUCUGGCAACCUGUUUUGGGUACAGCUCUUGGCGCAGAAGGAUGACGUCGAGCAGUCUGUCUGGGAAGCUGCGCGGGCCAAAUGGCGAGCCGUGCUGCUCAGUGUCCCGAUGUCCUUCAUUGACCAUGGGCCGGACAGAAACAAGUCUAUGUGGGUGGAAGCUUGGAAUCGGAGGCAAGCUGUCCAGCAAGAACACGAAAGCUUGUCGCGCACUGCGAUGCAGAGGGCCCUGGAGAUUGAUCAGCUACGUGUUCUGUGCGAGUCUCUAGGAAAUGCCCGAACAAAAUUACAGCCUGCCCAGCUUGCUGUGGAAUUCGGCACGAUGGGAUUACAGUCCGUGCAAGGAGGUCGCAAAGAAGACGAGAACGACGGCAAGCUCACUCCCAAUUUGAUCAGCCAAGCCUUGACGGUGAAAAGAGGGAUUCUUGCCUCGGCCCGCUCUGUGGAAAUUCUGCUUCAGUUGGAGGCAGACUACGGAACCCGCUCCCCAUUUCACUGUAUGGCCCGUCUUCAUGUCAUGUCGACAAAGCCUUCGACCCCAGCGCUCAGAGACUGGGCCAUGGAAAGUCUCUACGAUGGUUUACUCAAUGAGACUAUGCAAUUGGGCGACAUUUCCAAAAGCAGUUUGGGCGGCGAUAAGCAUCACGUCGGUCUGAUCCCUCUCUACGAACUGAAGAAGAAGGACAUUGUGUAUGGCAGCAAGUACAACAAUUGUCUCAAGCAAGCGUGCAAGCAGGGAGGUCUCCCGGAACAGUUGAUGGAACAAGAAUCCAUGAAAGAAGUGUGGGGGAAGGUUCUCGGCCAAUUGGCAAACGAGGAGGCUGAGCGCAAGGCUGCCUUGGAGACCCCAGAGACUGCUCGCGAUGGCAGGGAGGAAGGUCCCGAUGAGCUGGACGCAAUCCGGAAGCCUCCAACACAACAUUCGGAAGGCUCCAAAAUGUAUUGGAAGAGCGUGGCGAACCAGACAGUGCGAACCUACAUUGCUUUGUCGGUGGAGCCACACACUCUGGACGGAGUCAUCCAAAGUGUGACGCAAGCUCUGAAGGACCACGAGCCCAAGGCAGGCGAAUCUUGCGGUCUUGUCUACUUGGAUUUGGACAGUCUUGGAGAGUCCAUGGGACCAGGGCAACAAGAACUUCUGCGGAAGAGGUAUGUUCCAGACAGUACCCUUCUACGGAAGUUGGUGCAUGGUGCAACCAUCGCCCGGCACGGACAACGAAAAGGCGAUGAAGCGACCUGCCCAGCCGAGGCUGAGGUGGUCGCUAUCCAUGUUGGAGACCGAAGCAGCAGAGAGGCUGAGGCCUUGUUCCGUGCAAGCACGGCCCGCAAGGAUGCAAGCAUCGACGCGGAGAUGAAGGAAGUGAUGGUUGUGUUUUCUGAUUCUUCCAUCCGUUCAAGAAAGAAAAAGAACCGUGGAGCUUACACACAAAGCUCCUGCCUCGGGGUGUUUUCUGCGGCGCCCUUGUCGUCAAUGUUGCCCGAGAAGGCGUACACCGACUACCAAGGGCACAAUACCUCGGACACAUGUGCCUUUGUGACAGCUUUGCAACCUGUAGACAUGUGGCACCUGCCCAGGAAAGAGAAGGAACUUGUGCUGGAAGGCCGCACGGUGGAGGUUACAGAAGCUGCAGGUGAAAAGAAGGCGGCAAAGAAAGCCCUUGGCGCUGCGGAUCCGGAGUCGGUAUUCUCCGGGCAGAUUCUGCCAGCUCAGUGUGACCUGGCAGCGGCCCAGGGAGAACUGGCGAAAGCUUGUUUGUCCGAGCGUGUGCCCUUCUAUGGAUUCACGCUCUCAGAAGCGCAUUCUCGCCACUUGGAGAUCCUGCUGACGGACUAUGUUCUGGAGCAAAUGUCCACUGAAGGGUCCACUUUUUACAGAUCCGAAGUGGCAAGCAAGGCAGACGAUAGGAAAAGGACGGCGGAAGAGGAUACUAAGCCUGUGCCCAAGAAGAAAGCCAAGGCCAAGAGCAAGAACAACAAGCCUGAAACAGACGCCGUAGGAGAGAACCAGGAUGACAACGCGGCGGAGGGCGAAGAGGCAACCGGCCCACCUUCCGUGGUGAACUGA